GAGGAAGCGGCGGUUAAACAGGAAGUAGAGCAAAUGUCAACGUGAACUGGUCAAUGAAACCCACCUAGCAGCGUUUUUUUGUUUUGUAUUGACUAAUUGAACCCGCGGUUGAUCCUGUUAAGCUCAUGGCUUGUUUCUUUAGAAGAAGUAUAGCAGCGAAGCUGAGUAGAUCAUUGCAGCAGCCUGAAGAUGCCUUCAUAUCAGCCGUGUCAGCCGUCCCAGUGUUAAAGAAACAGCAGUCCGCCGACUUCAGGCUGUCAGUGAACUCACUGCGACUCAGUGGGGUCAUACCAUCCAGAGGAGACCUGCAGCAGCAGACUGAGGCCUUAGCCAGAGAGCUGCAGAAAGACAGCGUAGUGGAGGAAAUAUCUUCUGCAAACGGAGUGAUCCACUUUAGAGUUCAUCGUAAACUUCUCGUGCAGAAAAUGUUGGAGCCGUUUGAGAAGGAGGAUAACUCGUUUGGGUUAAAUAGUGAACUGUUUAACACUCUGCAGAGAGGAACAACACUAGUGGAGUUCAGUUCUCCAAAUAUUGCCAAAAAAUUUCAUGCCGGACACUUGCGGUCCACAAUUAUCGGUAACUUCAUCGCCAACCUUAAGCAGUCCCUGGGAAACAAUGUUAUUCGAAUGAACUACCUGGGAGACUGGGGUAUGCAGUUUGGGUUGCUGGGAGCCGGCUUCGACCAGUUUGGCUGUCAGGAGAAACUCAGAGAGAAUCCCCUACAGCAUUUAUUUGACGUCUAUGUUCGUGUCAACAGGGAGGCCGAGCACAAUGAGCAGAUUGGGCAGGCGGCCAGGGACUUCUUUCGACAGCUGGAGCAGCGUGAGGCCCAGGCCACGUCACUAUGGCAACAGUUCAGAGACAUCACAGUGAAGGAGUAUCAACAGGUUUACCAGCGGUUAGGGAUUCACUUUGACAUUUACUCUGGGGAGUCCUUUCACCAAGAACAGGCCCAGGAGGUGGUGCAGCAGCUGCGGAGCCGAGGCCUGCUGAAAACCACCGAGAAGGGAACUGCAGUCGUGGAUCUCUCCCCUGCUGGUGACAUGAGCAGCCUCUGUACAGUACUUCGCAGUGACGGCACAUCUCUCUAUAUCACCAGAGAUGUUGCUGCAGCCAUAGACCGAAAAGAAAAGUAUCAUUUUAAGGAGAUGAUUUAUGUGACAGACAAAAGUCAAGAGAAUCACUUCCACCAGUUGUUCCAGAUCUUGCUGGCGAUGGACCAUUCUUGGGCUGAGAGGUGUCAACAUGUGUCCUUUGGCCUGGUGCAGGGCAUGAAGACCAGGACAGGGGAGGUGGUGUUUCUGGAGGACGUGCUGGAUGAGGCACGGGCCAGGAUGCUGCACAACAUGAGCCAAACACAGACAACUAAAGAAAUGGAUAAUCCAGAGGACACUGCAGAGAAGGUGGGAAUCAGCGCAUUAAUUGUUCAAGAUUUCAAAGGUCCCCUGCGGUCUGAUUACAAGUUUGACUGGGAGCGGAUGCUGCAGGCUCAGGGUGACACAGGCGUGUUCCUGCAGUACUCACACGCUCGCCUCUGCAGUUUGAUUCGGAGGAAUGAAGGUGUAGAGGCGGGUACAUUGGAUCCAUCUCUUCUACUGGAGCAGAGAAGUAUCGCCAUUCUGCAGCACCUCCUUCGGUACGAUGAGGUGUUGCACCAGUCUGCCCAGGAUCUGCAACCUAAACAUCUUGUCAACUUCUUGCUAAAGCUCAGCCACCUGGUUGCUUCAGCACACAAGGAGUUGCCAGUGAAAGGAAACCCUGACAAUGUAGCACAGGCGAGGUUACGGCUGUUCAGUGGCGCCCGCUCCGUCCUGGCCAGUGGGAUGAGGAUCCUGGGCAUCACACCAGUUGACAGAAUGUGAAAAGCUAUUAAAGUCUGUUAUUACUUGGGACAGUGUUAUUACAUGGCUGUUGAUGCCAUAACCCUGUAGUUAAUUUAUGCUGUAAAUAAAAAGCUGUAAUAUUUUAUAUUUUAA